AUGUUUGACGUUGGAGGAACCCGGUCGGAGAGAAAGAAAUGGAUCCACAUUUUCGAGGGCGUGACGUCGAUUCUAUUUAUUGUGGCCAUGAGUGAAUAUGACCUGACCCUGAAGGAGGAUGAAGGGACGAACCGUAUGAGUGAAAGUUUGCGCCUAUUUGAUGCCAUCUACAACAAAUAUUUCGUGAAAACUCCGAUAAUCGUUUUCUUGAACAAGAAGGACCUGUUCAUGGAAAAACUACCCCAGUCGCCACUAACAGUUUGUUUCUCUGAUUACCUAGGUAGUGUUUUUAUAUAG